GAUUUAAAAUAGGUUGGACUUGCAUCUACGCCUAAUUGCUUCGCCGGCUGUCAACAACGUCACCGACCAACCAAAAUGACGAUAAUGCCCUUCUCCGGCGUCUUUCUCCUCUUCACCGCCGCAUUUCUCGCCGUCGUUCCUUUGACCACGGCGGAGAUAAAGUCCCUUGUCAUCUCCGACGAUGCUCGUCCGAUGAUCCUCUUCGAGAAGUUCGGAUUCACGCACACCGGCCAUGUCACCGUCUCCGUCUCCUCCGUAUCCGUCGUCGCCUCCUCCGUCGUCACGAACGCGGACCCAUCUCGUCUAGGGUUCUUCCUUCUCUCUGACGAGUCGCUUCUCCAGGUCCUCCUCGACAUCCAGCAGGACCCUAGAUUCUGCGUCCUCGAUUCGAGCCACGUGAUCCAUCUCUUCUCCUUCAGAGAUCUCUCUCCUCCUCCGAAUUCGCGCUUCAACCAGUCAUACCCAGUCACUUCUCCGGACGAGUACUCUCUGUUUUUUGCGAAUUGCGCUCCGGAGACAAAGGUUUCCAUGGCGGUUCGGACAGAGAUGUUCAACAAGGAUCCGAACGGAUCUAGGGAUUAUUUGCCCGCAGGGUUGACCCAGUUGCCGUCUCUGUACUUCCUUUUCUUCCUGUGUUACAUCUCCUUCCUAGGUUUCUGGGGCUACAUUUGCUGGACCAACAAGCGUGUCGUUCAUCGGAUCCAUCUUCUCAUGGCGGGUCUUCUUCUGAUCAAGUCGCUGAAUCUGAUCUGCGCCGCUGAAGACAAGCAUUACGUGAAAGUCACGGGAACUCCUCAUGGAUGGGACAUCCUCUUCUACAUCUUCCAAUUCAUUCGUGUGGUUCUGCUCUUCACCGUGAUCAUCCUGAUCGGGACUGGCUGGUCGUUUUUGAAGCCCUUUUUGCAGGAGAAGGAGAAGAACGUGUUGAUGAUCGUGAUUCCCCUCCAGGUUCUAGCUAACAUUGCUUCGAUCGUGAUCGGAGAAACUGGACCCUUUAUCAAGGAUUGGGUUACGUGGAACCAAGUGUUCUUGCUUGUCGAUAUCAUCUGCUGCUGUGCCAUCAUCUUCCCCAUCGUGUGGUCGAUCAGAUCAUUGAGGGAGACAUCCAAAACCGAUGGUAAAGCCGCCAAAAACUUGGCUAAAUUGACAUUGUUCAGGCAAUUCUAUAUCGUCGUGAUCGGGUAUUUGUAUUUCACGAGAAUUGUGGUGUUUGCCCUUAAGACCAUUGCUGCUUAUAAGUAUCAGUGGGUGAGCUUUGCUGCAGAGGAGGCAGUUAGUCUUGCCUUCUAUAUGGUGAUGUUCUAUAUGUUUAGGCCAGAGGAGAAGAACGAAUACCUUGCUAUCGAUGAUGAAGAGGAAGAGGCUGCUGCAUUGGCACUUAGGGAUGACGAGUUCGAGCUUUGAAAAUUGGCAAAAGAUCGGAUUUUUCGAGCUGUUUCAGUUCACGGGCUCUUUUGGAUCAGUGGAAUUAUUUUCUUUUUCAGUAUGUUUGGUAGAAAGCUCUUGAAGACAUGAUGUCUUGCCACAUCUCUGAUGUUGCUCAGUAUUGUUCUUUCUUUUGUUAAAUUUUGUUUUUCUCUUUACAUCGAAUUCCUUUCUAUGCCUCUCAACUGCGUCUGUUGAUUUGGUUUCUGAUUGGAAAUCAAAACUCUGUGACCAAGAAAAGGAUUAGAUGCAUGUAGAAUAUAUUUAAAUGCUGAUGGGUUUCAUUACGGGUUAUUUUGUAAGAACUUAGAGGGGAUUAUCUUCAUGUUAAGAGUUUGUGGAAUC